UCAAGAUCUCCCAUUUUCCAGCCACAAAGCGACAGGAAUCAAGGUCUGCUUGACAAAGCUAAAAAGCUUCAGAAAAAAAGAGCACCACUACACAGAAACCAUGCCGUCUGUGGAGAAACUAGCACAUUUCUUGUCAAGUGCUGCUUUAUGUGCGGCUGGAGUGGCAUUAUUGGCUUUCGGGAUGUCGACAGAUUGGGCCAAUGCCGUCUUGGACUGCGGUCCACCCGGAACUACAGCGUUCAAUGGAACCUCCAGUCUCGAAACUGGCCUUUUCAAUGGCACAGAAACCAAAAUCAGAUGUCCCAGGAUUGACGCACCUGGAAAACAAGUGAUCGUGUUCAACCGUCUGGCGAAAUUAGCAGGUGCUCCGGUCAUCUUGCACGCUCUGGUUGUCAUCCUGUUGGCUCUGGCUCUUUUGGGGUCUGCAGGCAGUAUUCUGGUCACACUGUACAACAGCUUCAGUAACCCAUAUCAGACAUACAUGGGACCAAUAGGACUGUACACUUGCAGUGGACUCAGUGUAUGUGUGGCCAGCCUGGCACUGAUUCUGUACGUGGCGAACAUCUACCUGGGUGAGAUGUUCCAGACGCUGGUGAAAGCAGAUGAAGCCAACGUGGAGUUGAGUAAUCCAAAAAUUACCCUAAAGGCAGGGUUCUUCCUCCUGAUACCGUACAUCGGCGUCAACUUGCUGGCCAUCCUCGUGGUCUUUCUGUACGUCCAUGCUGCGUACACUCGCCGCAAAGAGCAGGAGAAACCAACGGAGGAUGCGCCCAAAGAGAUCAUGAUGUACUAAAGCAAAAACACAGCAAAAAAUCUGUUUAACAGGCGAUGAUUUUCAGACUGGAGCUGAACUGAGUCCAUUAGUUAGAAACUGCCACAUUAACUGUGAAGUGCAUUGCAAAACUGCACUUAGCUGAAUUCUGUUUGCCACAAAACUGUAUUGUACUCAUUGGCUAUUCAUACAAAGGCUUAAAAUGUAUUUGGACUCUUGAGUCACACUUUAAAAAAGUCAUUGCAUUAGAUAAGAGUGUCUCAGAUGUUUCGUUAGCUGUUUUGCUUGAGCUGUUUCUUUCAAAUGAAUGCUGCUUGUUUUGAUAUUUUAGCUAAUGCAUGUUUUAAAUGUGACUUAAGUGUUCAAGUGUUUAUAUGGGCCACCAAAAAUAUUUUAUUGCACUUAUGUUUAAGAACAAUACCAUCAAAAUAUUGUAAAAACGUUUCAUAAAUGUCAUUUAUUUUUUCUAGCUUUUCUACCAAGAACCUAAAAAUCAUGUGCAUGACGUGUAACUGGUUAAGAAAGCUUCAAAUUUACUUCUUUCAGUUCCUCUAGACUUUAAGCCAAUUUAACACUUUUUUUUUGCAUAUUUUAUUGCAGAGAUGUGAAAAUAUUUAGCUCUUAUACUAUUUAUCUGCUUAUGCAUCAAAUAUUAUAUAUGAGAAAAAUGAUCUAAUUUGCUGGUUUUUUUUCUUUUUUAUUAUAAACUGUCAAUAUAUUACAAUUCCUCUGUUUCAUACAUUCCUCAAAUAUUAGGCCUAUGUAAAUAUUGCUGUAAUUAUUUAGUACAAUAAUAAAUCUUUUUAGAAUGA